AUGCAGGAGUUAGUGUUUUGCUUUUCAUCAGUGGCUCUUUUCGCCUGUGUGAACAGUGCUUUUCCACCACCAUGUGACAGUGAAAUAUACUGCACUGGGCCUGUCUUACAGGUGCAGAAAGCCAAAGUGUUCGAUGAUGACAAGCAUUUUGUUGACAUGAAGCUGAAGGAAUUUCCUGAUGUAGUUUUGUCUGCUUUUGUCAACCUUUCGAAUGAAUCGCCAAACACAACUGGGAUGGAGUUUGAGUCAUGGACACCACAUGACUGGCAUGACAAGCUGAAGUUCCUGGGAGGAAUAGCAGACCAAGAACUAUGCAGCUGGGCUAAAAAGACAAAAUCAGACAGAAUCCACGCUGGUGUUAAAGAUCACCCAGAGCUCUACUUGCAGAUAUACACCCCACAUCCUGUUGUUGUGCCGGGGGGACGCUUCAGGGAACUCUACUACCGGGACUCCUACUGGGUCAUCAAUGGGCUCCUGCUGUCAGAGAUGACAGGCACGGCCUCCAGGGUGAUUCAGAACUUCCUCUGCCUCGUCAACAGAUAUGGCUUUACUCCAAACGGUGGGAGGAUUUACUAUGAAAGGCGCAGUCAGCCUCCAUUCCUCACGCUAAUGGUAGAGAGCUACUAUCAAGCAACCAAGGAUAAAGACUUCCUCAGAGCAGCUUUCCCAGCUCUGGAGCAGGAGUACUGAUUUUGGAUGCAGAAUCGCUCUGUUGCUGUGACAGUAAAUGGGGCAGAACAUGUACUGAACUGGUAUCAUAUUGAUAUUUUUUAGUUUGUGCCUUGACCUACACUAAUCAUGUCCUUUACGAAUGAAUCCUACACCGAUGAUCUGGAAUUAGCCAAAGGACUUGCUGAUGACCGUAAGGAGCAGCUGUGGAUGAAUCUGAAAGCGGGUGCAGUCUGGUACAUAGACAGUGACGGCCACAACAACGGCACCCUGGGGGAGACCAGCACCAGUGAGAUCCUGCCCACUGACCUCAAUGCUCUUCUGUGCCAGUUUCACAGGAUACUAGGUGAUGGUGACUCAGCUGCACUGUAUAACCGAGCUGCAGCCUGCAGACUGCAGGCGAUGGAGUCUGUGCUGUGGAAUGCUGAGAGGGGAGCAUGGUUUGACUACAACCUGGUGACGCACUCCAAACACUUUGAGUUUUACCUCUCCAACCUGACACCUGUUUGGGCACAGUGCUAUUCUCGGCCUGAGAUGGGAGAGAAGGCGCUGCAUUAGCUGAAGGGGAGUGGUGCUCUCCAGUUUCCCAAAAGAGUUCUAACGUCGCUGAGAGGGUCAGGGCAGCAGUGGGACUAUCCUAAUGCAUGGCCUCUACUACAACACAUGCUCAUCGAUGGUUUAUCGAAACUGCCUUCAGAAGAUGCUAAACAGCUAGCUUUUGACUUGGCCCAGCGCUGGAUAAAGACAAACUGGUUGGCGUACAUGAAGGAUGAAGCUAUGUUUGAGAAGUAUGAUGUGAAUGGCAAUGGCAAACCUGGUGGUGGAGGAGAAUAUGAAGUUCAGCUCCGUUUUGGCUGGACCAGUGGUGUAGCCCUGCAGCUCCUGGACCAGUAUGGGGCGACUCUCGCCUCAGGAAACAGACAAGGGUCUUCUGGCCUCCUGCCGCCUCUCGUCAUCUCAGUUGCUUUCAUGCUCCAGUGA